CGUUUAUGACUUGCAAGCGCGUACAUAACCGCAGAAAUAUGCUCUGUUUACGAUAUCUGCAACGGAUCUCUGGAAGGUAGUGAAGAGAGAUUAUUUUAAUUAAUUUUGGUGAAACAAAGUAUGUCAGAGAAGGCGAAAACCAUGAGUCACAUUAAACAUAUUCCUAAGGACGCUCAGGUCAUCAUGUCAAUCAUGAAGGAUAUGGGAAUAACGGAUUAUGAACCGAAAGUGAUCAAUCAGUUGUUAGAAUUUACCUAUCGGUACGUCACAUGCAUAUUGGACGAUAGUAGAGUGUAUGCUAACCAUGCCAAGAAAAAGUUCAUCGACUUGGAUGUGCAGAUUGGCGGUGAAGAUNACAAAAUAAAAUUUGAUAAGUAA